GCAGCACCUGGUCACAUUGGUUGUGAGUAAUAUUUUUUUCGGCAAUAUUAAUUUUAGCUGUUUUCCAAAUGUCUCACCAAACGGGUAUCCGAGCCAACGAGCAGCUGGCCAAGGUGUUCGGCAAAGCGAAGAAUGGUAAAUUUCGCGUGAUAAAAGUUUCGAUCGAGAAUGAGCAGCUCAGUUGUGGCGCCACGGCGGAGACGAAGAAGGACUGGGAACGCGACUACGACAAGCUGAUCGGUCCUCUGCUGGAGAAGGAUGUGCCCUGCUACAUUCUCUACCGCCUGGAUGCGAAGAUCCCUGGCUACAGUUGGCUGCUCAUUAGCUGGAUACCGGACACGGCCAGCAUCCGGCAGAAGAUGGUCUACGCCUCCACAAAGGCCACGCUGAAAACGGAGUUCGGAUCGGCCUACAUCACCGAGGAGCUGCAUGCCACCAUGGAUGAGUCCACGUUGGAGGGAUAUCGCCGGCACAAGCAGGACUUUGCGGCUCCCGCUCCUCUGACCACCAGGGGAGAGCUGAAGGAACUGCGGAAAACAGAGGUCCACACCGAGAUCAACACAAAUACCCGGCACCAAACUCUCGGGGGAUCAACUGUCCCCAGCGAGCAGACUGUGGCCGCCGUUCAGGAUCUGGUUCGCGGCAAUCACGACUACCUGCAGUUCCAUGAUCUGGAGGAGGAGCAAAUCCACGUCUCGCACGCAGCUAAAGUGGAAAUCGCCGAUCUACCGAAGCAAGUGCCCGAGGAUCAUGCCCGCUACCACCUCUUUCUCUUCCGGCACACGCACGAGGGCGACUACUUGGAGUCCUACGUUUUCGUCUACUCCAUGCCGGGAUACUCCUGCUCCGUGCGCGAGCGCAUGAUGUACUCCAGCUGCAAGGCUCCGUUCUUGGAGGAGCUGGCGGCCCUCGGCGUGGAGGUCAUCAAGAAGCUGGAAAUCGACAGCGGCAGCGAGUUGACCGAAGCCUUCCUGCAGGACGAGCUGCAUCCGAAGAAGAUCCUCCACCGACCGGCUUUUGCCAAGCCCAAGGGGCCACCUAACCGCGGCGCCAAGCGCCUCACGCGCCCCACCACCGAGGACUAAGUCUGAAUCCCGAUCCCAUCGCGUCAAUUCUAUUUAUCCCCUUCAACUGUUUCCUAGCAGAGCAUUUAAUUUAUUGUAUCCAAAAACGAGUUCCGUGUUCAUUUCUGUGUCCGUGUCUAUAUGUGUCCGUACGCGAGUCGAUAUCUUUAGAGGCACUAGGCAUCAACUGAAACAUCGCAUAGCAGCCGCCAAUGUGGGCUUCCUUAUAUGUAUUCUUGUCUAUGUUACUUUAGAUGGACAUAUUUGCAAUUUAUUUAAAUUAAAAAAACUCAACUAAGUUUA